AUGAUUUGUCAACAACAUCUACCAAUUAUUGCUAAUCGAAUUGUUCAUUUUAGUCUUUCUGAGCAUGAAGAAACUCCAACACAAAUAAAUCUAUUUUAUUCUUAUUUUCCAUCAUUCAAUAAAUUUAUUCAGUUGCGAUCACUUUUACUCUACGGUAUUCGAUCAUAUAUAAUACUAGUAAAGAUUACAGAUGAAUGUCAUCAGCUUCAUAAUUUAACUCAUUUAAACUUUUACAAUUGUUCUUUGGAAGAUAAUCAAGUUGAUUUACAAUUACUUGUCAACAAUAUUUGGAGUUUGUCUAAACUUGUUCACUGUAAUUUUAGUAUUGAUAUCAAAGGAAGAAAGUUUUUUCAUAUGCCAACAAAACUCUCUUCAUCUCUCGAACGUCUAUUUAUAUAUGGAAGUGUAGUCAAAAUGAAUGAGUUAAACCAAUUGUUUGAAUAUACAUAUCGUCUUAAAAGUCUUUCGAUAAAUGUCGAAUUCGAUGAUAAUAAUUAUAAAUAUAUACUAUCUCCUUUUCCAACAUUAAUUGAAUUACAUAUCAGUGGUUCUCAGCGAAUAGUCGCCUCGAAAAUGAUUUCUUUAUUACAAAACACACCUAAUUUACGCCGUUUGAGCGUUAGUUUAUGGUCUAAUUUUAUCGAUGGUCAUCAAUGGGAACAAAUCAUUCGUAACUACUUGCCAGAGCUCAACGCAUUUCGACUUGGAAUGCAAGCGACACUGUCUUUCGAUCAUAAUAUAAAAGAACAAGUCGAUGAAUUGGUUAAUUCAUUCCGAAGCUCAUUUUGGAUUGAUGAGCAUCAAUGGUUUGUUCGAUGUAUUACCCAAAAGAGAACUGUUCAUCUUUAUACUUCAUCUAAAGUAUUUUAUAACUAUGACAGUGCAUUUUUUGACUCAUUUAGAUCAACUGAUCCACAGGACAAUCAACAAAAGUUUUAUAACAACAUGACUAGCAUUGUAAAUGAAACAUAUUUUGACCAAUCAAUUCCUCCGUACAUUCGUUUGCCUAAUAUUGAAUAUCUUUGGAUAAAAUUACCUAUCAAUGAUCGGUUUUGGUCCAUUGUUCCAAGUUUAAAUCGUCUGAAAUCACUGACAGUCGUAUCUUAUAUUGAUACAUUCCAAUCUCAAUUAAAAGCUUUACUUGAUCAAGCAUCUUGUCUGCGUCGACUAUGCAUCAUUCAGGAUGCAUCGUUACAUUCACAAAUGUUAUUAUUUCGAUGUACAAAUCCAUCAAUUCGUCAACUCGAUUUACGAGACUAUAAUCAUUAUUUCAAUAAAGAAGAAUGUAUCAGAUUGAGUCAUUCAUCAUUAGGUAGUCAAUGUCAAGUUCUUUCUAUCAUGAUUAAUAAUCGUCAAAGUAUUAUUUAUUUUGUCAAAAAAAUAAUCAAUCUCCGUUCAUUAAAUGUUCGAUGCGAAGAUGGAAAAUGCCAUGAACAAUUAGCACUAGUUAAGAAUGACAAUGAUAAAUAUCUUGACAAAAAAAUGCAAAACAAAGAUGAUCUUAUUCAAUGGUUAAAAGACCAUUUGCCAUCAACAUGUUUGAUUGUAAGAAAUCCAGACUUGGUUAAAUAUAUUCUGAUUUGGAUUUGA